GUUUGGGAGGUUUAUAGCAUUCCGUUUUCCUGCUGAGUCGGCUCCUAAGGCGGAAGGAGACCUGCAGAUGCCCUGCCCUGACGGGAUGGCGAGGCAAACCUGCUCGUCUCGAUCGGGAUUGCACUUUUCCUGGGGUCUGAAUGUCCGAUACAGCAGCAGGUCAGACACCGGACCAGUGACUGACCCGGGGCCUUCACGUGCUGCAGGGGCUCUCAGGAGGAAUGGCAGCCAAGGGCACUCUGCUUGGCCUGCUCUGGCAGCGUGUGGUGACAGGGGCUGCCCCUGAGAGCCGCCGCCACCUGUGUAUGUCCUCCUGGCGGGCUGAUUGCAACAGAGCCUCACUCACUCGAGUGCAUCGGCAGACCUACGCUCGCCUCUACCCUGUGCUCCUGGUCAAGCAGGAUGGUUCCACCAUCCGCAUCCGCUACCGGGAGCCUCGAUGGAUGCUCACAAUGCCCAUGGACCUGGAUUCUCUAUCCCCAGAGGAGAGGCGUGCACGGUUCCGGAAACGAGAGGCCCGGCUCAAAGAGAAGGUGGAGGAGCCAGAGCUUGAUGAUGACUUUGAUGUGGAGCAGUACAAGCAGUUUUGGACCAAAAAGUGAUGGUGCCUGGAAGCUGCUCUGGCCUACGGGGAUGCGGUGGAGCAGGGAGGGGCAUUUGUCUUUAAAUCAUGCGGUCAUGAAGCUGUC